GGUGCUGGGGAUCAUGGCGGCGAUCCAUGUAGUAGCCAUGUCGAGGUCGGGAACUCUUGCAAGGAGACAGACCCUGCUGCAAGCAGACGACAUGCAGACAGCUGAGAUCGGAGACCACAAGCUUCUGGAGGAAGAGAAGGAGCGGGAGGGACUGGGGCACAGGUGGAACGCAGCGCAUAACGACGAGAUCAGGUCGGACAACAUCGGAGGGCCUCAUCCUUCGUCCAACUGGGUCCACAAGUUGUACCAUAGAGAGCAGCCGCACCCUGCGGUGCGCAAGCACGCGCAUGUCAUACGGUCGAGCAAGGAGCUUGAGACCCGUUACUACCCUCUAAGAUGGCUCCAGGAAGAAACAGUUCCUGCUGCAGUUAACUCGAGGAAGUUUGGUGUGCUGCAUGUGUGAAGGUUAUUCACGCAUUCCGAAGGAAGUUCGCUGCAGAACGGCAUGCCCCCAGCAGCUGAGGUUGAGAGAUAUUUGUAUAAUAGUGAAGCAGCACCAAUCCA